AUGCAAGCGGGGGUUUGCGAUUUUAUGGGUCUAAAGAAACUCAAACAAAAAUAUGACCUCGUUAAACGCGCUCUUCAGGAAAGCGGCAAACAGCCGGCACUGCUCGCUAAAGUGGAAGAGAAGGAGAAAAUCG